AUGGUGUACGAUGUGUUGAUCGCCCAUACGGGCCAGCGCCUUGAAAUUGACAGUCGUACCAUCACAUCAUUAAAUGGCCUGAAGGAAUCCGUGGCCAGCCAGAGCUCCAUUCCUGUCGAGUGCUUGAUUGCCCUGACACCCCAGGGAAGGUCUCUAAGAUGGCAGCCAACACAGCCAGAGACAGAAAUCUACAUAUAUGACAGCCGACUGACACAGCGAUCCCAACCCGGGGCCUCGUCACCUCCCUUAUCCGAAUUGCCUCUUCCCCGAUACAAUGCACAUACUCCGCCCAACUCGAUUGAAGAUACGCGAUCCAUCCCAGCAUGGCAGAAGCUGUUUGAGACACGCCGUGCUUGGGCUAUCGACGUUGUGGAGGAUUGCGCCAGGAUGGACGCCGCCACGCGGGAGCGCUAUGCCGAGAUGGACGUCAUGUUGAGAUGUCUUGAUGCCGCUGUAGCAAAUCUGGAGAAUGCCGUCAAGGGACUCGAGAACAAAUAUGUCGAGCUGAAGGAGUGGUCCACAUCAGCUCAGGCCGAUUACAGUGCGUUGGCGACAGGUCUGGAUCGAUAUCUUUCUCUGGCCCGGGGCAUCGCUAUCUCGUCUAGCAUGGCCCAGUUCAUGACAUCCCGUGACGAUGGUGGUUGGAAAGGACGCCCACAGCGACAAAGCACCCUCGAAGACCUUGUUGAUCUGGAGCUCGCUCGGCAAGCGGGGAAACUCGCACCCUCUGCACUGCGCAAGUUCAAGGAUCGCAUCACCAACCUGGAUAAGGCGGCAACUCAUUUGUUCCAAGACGCCGACACUUUGAUGCACAAAUUUGAGACGACCAUGUCUCGCUCAGCCCUGUCCCACGACGGCGAAUCGUCACACCUUCUUCAGGAUAUUGAAGCCUUAGCCAACAAGAUCGACAACGACUACAAUGUAACGCUAGAGUACACGAGCUCCACCCGGGACACCCUUCUUCAAGUUUCCAAGACGGCAGCACAUCACACCGAGAGGCUACUGCCUAGCAUCCAAAAGCGCGCACUGGAAAUGGGUGAUAUCUUGUGCUACGCCACCAAGGCGCGAAACAGCCUCGCGGCCGAGUCCAUCGAGUUUAUGCGUAGCAUCACCGAGAUCACAAGCGAUAGCCACAGCGUAAAAUCCCAGAUAUCCGAGGCUGGCCAGGAGGAUGAACUCGCCACGUUUGAUCAUUUGCGGCUCAUCCAACAGAUUCCGUAUUUGUACGCCUCGUUUGUAGCAGAGGCCAUUAGGCGGCGGGAGUGGCUGGACAAAGUCAAACAAGAUUCUACCACACUUGCCAAUGAAAUGGCCAUCUUCCAUGAAGAAGAGGCAAAGAGGAGGCGGCGCUGGCACAAAUCGAUUGGGGCCGUUUUUGGUCCUGCCCCGACGGCUGAUAGUAAGGUUCCAAAUCUUGAAAUCAACCUUCGUGGAGAUGAUGGGGAAUGGCCCCUGAUGACAAGAAAAGACCUGGAUGACUUUUUCAACGCCUUGCGAAAUCAAAAGGCCGAUCCCGAACUUGUAGUCGAAAUCGAAAAACUCAUUGCAGACAUGGACAAUCCAACAAGGCAACAGUCAAGGCGGAUGAAAGCCUUUAAAAACGGAAGUGUCCACGAGACUGCUCUCGGACGGAGCGGACUACUCGUACGAGGUGACGAUGAUUUGCUUCGCUCCUUACAGGCAGACAAAACAAGGCUUGAAAGCAAAUUAAAAACUGCCGAAAGCCGAGUGCGCCGGCUAGAAGAUCUACUCCAUCGGCAGACCCAGGCUUCCAGGCCGAAUGUUGGCAACCUUUUCCAGAAUCCAAGCCAGCAAGUUCUAGAUCGUAACGACUCAAUUAGCUCUCUUAGGAACCCCCGUGCUGUUGACGACCGCAGCAGAUCAUUAGAUGGACUUGAGACGCUCAUCCAUCGAACACAGCAACUAGAGACCGAACUGAACACCGAGAGGGAGCGAUGCGUGGUUCUAGAGAGAGAAAUCAACGCAUUGACGACACUGCAUAACGAUCUAAAAGGCCAAAUGGAUGAAGCCAACUCCACCAAGAAGGAUCUCCUGCAAAAUAUGGAAGCACUCAAACGGGAGUUCACAGAAGAGCGAAAGUCUCUUGAAGAAGAGGUCAAGCAGCUAAAGGCUAGGCUUGAGUACACAGAAGACGAGAUCGAACACUUUGGCGAGUCGCGAGAAAACGAGAAGGCAUCAUAUGACGAAAAGGUUCACUUUCUUGAGCUUGAGGUGGAGCGGCUUACCAGGGAAAGACGAGAUGAUUCUCUGAAAGCGGAUGACCAGGUGGUGCUUUUGCAGAAUGAAGCAAGGCUACAACGUGAGCGUAUUGCGGCGCAGGAUAUCGAACUUCGAGCUGCCCAGGAUGAGAUCAGAGUGCUCAGCAAGCGACUGGAAGCUGUGACUGAGGAUAGGCAAAAGUACAGACAGGCACUGGAGGAUAUAUGGGAAUGUCUGGCGCCUGCUGAUGACGUUCCUACCGAGUUGCCUGAUCUCUUGGAAGGAAUCACCGGAAAGGCUGCCGAUAUUCUGAACACAAAGCAAGGCGUGGAGGGGGACAUGUCCCUCAUGAAGCUCAACGUGGAUACGUUGCAAAAUAACAUCAGGACGCUUCGCUCGGAGAUGGAAGUUACCAAGGAUAGACUCACGGAAGAGGAAUCGGUCUCGUUGCGCCUCCGCGAGAAGUUUUCAGAAGAAAGGGCGAAAGUCGUUGCCAUGGAGGGCGAACUAGCUCAUGGACGUGAACAGUUACAUGAAUUUCGGGUCAAGAUUGCCGACGGCGAAACUGGGUCCGAGUACAUGCGGAAAAGGCUAGAAGACGAGGAACAAAACCUCGCUUCCAUGACGGAGGAACUAGCUGCUCGACAAUCCCAAGUGCAGAGGAUGGAGGAAGAGGUGACGCGUUUCAAAGCAAAGCUUCACCAAACCCAGAUGCAACUAUCAGAACUCUCCAUACGGCUUGAAUCACGUACAGAAUGUGCCAAGGAUCUGACACAACUUCUUUGGUCACAGAACGACCGCCUUACUCGUUUGCUUGAGCGGCUUGGGUUCUCCAUUUCCCGUGAGGAGGAUGGUACUAUGCACAUUCAGAGAACACCUCGAUCUGAGCGCUCAUUAGCAACGACCGCGAACCCGAAUGAUUCAGACCCAAGCUCAUCACUCCGUCGUUCCAGUACGCUCAACGCCCGACCCGUGACUGACAAUGCGGACCUGGAGCUGCUGCAAUGGAUGAGUAGUGCAACUCCGGAGGCUGAGGUUGAAAAGUACAAGAUCUUCAUGGGCUUAUUUGGUUCGUUUGACAUGGACGUCUUUGCGGAUGCGGUGUACCGGCGUGUCAAGGAUGUUGAGCAUGUGGCACGAAAGCUGCAACGAGAGGCGCGAGCGUACCGCGAGAAAGCACACAGCUUCCAGAAGGAGGCUCAUGACAAGAUUGCCUUCAAACACUUUAAAGAGGGCGACCUUGCUUUGUUCCUUCCUACGCGGAAUCAGUCGACGGGCGCUUGGGCUGCUUUCAACGUUGGGUUUCCACAUUACUUUUUACGUGAGCAGGAUUCGCAUCGUUUGCGCAACCGUGAAUGGCUUGUUGCCCGAAUCAUGCGCAUUCAAGAGCGGGUGGUGGAUUUAUCCAAAUCCCUACAGCAUGACCAGGCAGGGGAGACGAGAAAAGAUGGUGCCAGGGGAGAAACGGAGUCUCUUGAUGACGAUGAGAACGAUAACCCGUUUGACCUUUCCGAUGGCCUACGAUGGUAUUUAAUCGAAGCUGUUGAAGACAAGCCCGGGGCCCCAUCCACGCCAGGCUUGGCCAAGAGCACUGUUGCGGCAAACAAUGUCGAAGCAAUGGCCGAUAUGCGGACACAGGGGCAUAUUUCUAAAGCACGAGGGCUCACUGGACGUGGAGGCACGCCGUUGGGAAUCGAAGGCGUCAGCAAGACACUAUCCAAAAGUCUCGAGAGUCGUCGGUCCAGUACGGGUUCCAGGAAGACCCUACCGUUUGUGAUUGGCGCCUCGUCGAGGGGUCGUGAAAGCGCCCUUGCAAGCGAGACAAACUCCCUCCGUGCGGUUCCGGCAGACAACAACAGCUCGGCUCCAACGAAUGCAGCUCAACCAUACAUGUCCCCCACAGACAAGCUCAAAGAUGCGUCUCUGCAGGAAACUCCCCUGCAAACAAACAGUAUUUCAGCGGAGGGUGAAAGCAUGACCAUUGGUGCAAGAAAUGAUCAGGCUAUUCUACAGCCAUCGCAGACUCAUUCUGAGGUUCGCAACGAGACAGAAUCUCUGAUAGGGUCUUGA